GUUUGGGAUUUUUUUAGAGUGGGGGGAGAUUAUUGGAAGGAAGGAGGGAGACAGGUUUUUUUUCUUUCUGUUUCACACACCAAAAAUCAAUCCAUAACAGCCCAGAGACCGAGCCGUUGAACGCCGAGCGCUGCAAUCACCGUUUAAACGAUCCCACCUGUUGGCAAUUAUUUUUCCCAUUCGCUCCCACCCUCUCUGGUCCAAAAUUUACUGAUGCUAACCCUCAGCUGAGCACGAUAAAGCCCACCCAGCAGCAGCACACGCCGGCUGCGGCAUCCCUUGGUCGAGGGCAGCCCCUAGGGAAGCUCUGAGCUCCUCCUUUGCACCCCUGGAGUGCUCUGUCCGUGCUGCGGUACCGGGGUGCGAGGGGCCCGUCCCGCACAGCUGCGGCUUUUUAGGGCGGCUGCGAACCGGGCUGCUUGUGCUUUUUUUUCCCCCACUUCUGGGGCGUAGAGUGAGGGCUUGCUGAGGGAAGGAGAGGGCUCGGAGCUGUGGGAAAGGCUGGCGAGGGUCACUCUCCACCCUGGGCGCUGCUGUGCCCAGCGGCAGCAGCGGGUCCCGGCCGUGGGGAGCGAGUGAGGCAGCCCCCGCGCCAUGGCCCAGGUGAGCGGAGAGGGGACACCCCGAGGGGACACCCCCGGGACUGCCCGCGGCCGGCAGAAACCCCGGGUUGAGAGAUGUGGGGGCGUUUUGCAGCUUAGGUAAUAAUGAAGGAAAACCAGCGUUUUGGAAGCGAGGGGAUGAGGAAGUGCUCUUCAGCUUUGGGGCGGAAAAAGUCGUUUGGGUUUGUUUUGGUUGGUUGGGUUUUCUUUUUUGGGGGGGACAAGGAAAGGGGAUUUUUUUCUGUAUUUUUCUCUUCCUUUUAUUUUUAUAGGAAGAAAGAAGUGAAGAACGAAAUAGAGAUGUGAGUGGCAAAAUGGCAGACAGAGCAGGAGACUACGUAAGGAUCUUUUAAAUACGUCCUUAUCUUUAUCUUACAAAUUGUUAUUUUUUAUAUAUAUAUAUUUAAAGGUGCAUUUCUUAAAUGGAUAUAGCAUAACCCAGAACUUUUUGUAAUUUUAUUUAAAGUGGGAAGUGCAGUAGUCCUCUUAAUCUUUUCUUUAGUAAGUGGGAAGAAAUUAUUGUAAUAGUUGGGGGCUUACAAACUGGCUAUACUAAAUUGCCUCUUUCCUUACUCGGUAUCUCUGAUGAUUAUUCUGUUUCAUGGGUUCUGUCUCUUUUGGACAUUAAGACUGAUGUUUCACUUUGGAUGUAGUAGUAAAAUGAAAGUAGAGAAACAAACAAUAUAAAACAAAUAAACAGAAACUUGCAACUUUUAAAAUAGCGUUACAAGUCAUAAUUAGUGUUGCUCCUGUUUCAAUGCCUGCUUAUUUUACUCACUAAUUGUUUUCUUCCCUUCCCUCUACAGCUCGAGUCAUUGCUCAUUGAUGCCUUUAAAGGGAAGGGCUUUCAAAAAAUAGACGAACUGCUUCAAGAGAAGGAAGUAGAGCUUCCCCAGAAAUACAGUGACUCUCUCUUUAACCAGCUGGACAAAGCACUGAGAAAGGCGAGUACCAUAAAUAAUCUCAACUCUUUUAACAGCCAACUCACAGGGUAGCAGGCUAAUGAUGCAUGGCAUUCUGUGUUUCUGUAGGAGCUGGACAAGAAUGAAUUCAAGAAUGUUUCAUUGCUGCUGAAAUGUAUUCAGCUCUACCUUAAAAGUGAUCUUCAAGAAGGGAAGAGCUUGUUUAUUGAGCAAGGACUGGUAGCAAAGAUGAGUACAUACUGCAUGCAAUUUACUAAUGUGAUUUAAGGUUGUUUGCAUCAGUAAAAGAACUCCAAGGAAGUGAAAACUAGAGGAUGGCUUGUUGGCUGCACAGAAACAAAAUAUUUUUUAAUAGAUUUUAAAAUAUUUUUAGUAUAUUUAAAAAUAUACAUAAUGAACUGAGUGGGGAAAAAUAUUUACUGUUUUAUUUCUUUUGGUAUAGCAGCCAAUUUCAUGGCUCCAUGUAUUACCUGAUUUAAAGGGUUGGGUUGUUUUGGGUUUUUUUAAAGUGAUAGUAGAAGGAAAGCAUUAAAUUCUAUAAGUCCCAUUAGUGAAAUGAUCUAGACUUUCUAAAUGCAUUUUAAAUGCUCCAGCAAAAUACAUUUUACUAAAAUAAAAUUUUAGUAAUAGAAUUGAUGAGUACUUUGUGUUUUUAUGCUUUUAAAAAGUGAGAUUGUUUAUGAAGGUCCCUCUCUAGUUAUGUAGCAAACUUGAUGCAUUUAGUCUGCAAUUGUGUUUUAUCUUCUGGCACUAUAUUGAUUUCAGCUGGUAAUAGUUGUAGUAGCAGAAAGGCAAUUGUGCUGAAGAUGAGUAACACCUGGAUCUAACACAGGUGCUAGGAAAUAGCUAACACAUGCUCUCUGUUAGCAAAGAGCUAACUGAGGAGCCUCAGUCCAAAAUGUUGUAUUCCUGCCUUGCAGUUAUGUUUGUCAGGGACACAGUUGCUCACAAUUCCUGUAUGGAGAUAAAUUAAUAAUUUUUUUCCAGUCUGAUCUCUGUACUUUCAGUGGAACAUAGAUUUCUAAUUCACCAUUUGUGUGUGAUGUUAUGCAAUGUUUAAAACCAUAAAGUAUAAAAAAAUAUUUACAUUGAAAAAGCUUGAAAAAAUUUUACAGUAUUUUGCUGUGAGUUGAUGUCCUCUAGAAAUGUCUACAGUAGUUUUGGUGCCACUAGCAGCAUGCGUUGUGUCUGAGCAUCACAAGUGGGUGCCUUGGACAAAAAAGGAGGAUAAAAGGAGGGCUAGGGAGGGAGGGGGGAAAUGGCACUUUUCAUGUCCUCCUAGCGAAAUUUGAACUCCUUAAAGCCAUGUAGCUUUUGACACAGUACAUGACUCUGAAGUUUAAAGAGUAACAAACUCUGUAAGGUUUCCUGCAGCCAUAUAUAAUUUAGAAUGAUUAAUUCCUCUUCUCAGCUUUUAACUCUCUUUAUUUUUUUAACUUUUACCUGGUAUCUUGGUUUGAAAGAGCAAGAGUGUUUGUGACCAUCAUCGACCCAAAUGAGAAUAAAUUUUUGAUGUUACUGCUCGAAGACUUCUUUGAUUCUGCAUUGGUAUGUUUGUUCUUUUAAGGGGACAGAAGGGUUGUCUUUAUUGGAUAAGAUAGCUAUUGUUCACAAACAAUUCCCUGUUAGAAAAGAAAUAAUUGCAUGGACUUGGUGCCCUCGGGCUGAGCCUGGGAAGCAGCCUAGAUGGGAGUGGGUGGGCAGUGUCUAGGAGUGUGCUCCAGGCUGGGGUCUGGCUGAGAUUUGACACACUUGGGAGAAGUGCUUUCUCAUUUUCUAACUUGAAGCAUUUGUUUUUGUAGAAAAAUUUGCAAGAAAUACUGAUGCAUUUUGUAAAUAAAGGCUUGUGAGCCAAAGCUCUCUUUAAAACUCACAAGUUACUGACACUGAGCUGCACUUAACGUGCAAACAUGUUUGCCAAGGUGGUCCUGGCGAUUUGUUCCUACUCUGUUUGAAAUAAGUUAUUUAAUUCUAAAGAAUGAUUUAACUAGCUUACAACUCUCAUUUAGGUUUCAACUUUAAAUAUCCAUGACUUUAAGGGUGUUAGAGGCCUAGUGAUGUAGCACUUGUAAUAGGAAGAAUGCUUUUAAAUUUUUUCCCCCAAGCUGUUUUCUCUCAGUCUUGUUGUCUGUAGCGUACUGGAACUGUGUCACUUCGUGUAUCAGAAUUCAUAUCAAUACCUAUGGCUCUAUUCAGGAGCUCUGCUAAAAGAUAUUUGUGCAAAAUCAAGCUUCCUUCUUUCUGUACUAACCACUCUGAAAUUAUAAAAUACCCAUUUAUUUUCCCAAAAAUGGAAUUUAUUUUGAAUUAUGUCUUCCUGCUACGUUUCUUCCACAUACUUUCACUGUGGAGGAUGAAGUGUUUUGUGUUACGGCAUUAUUUUUAAUUUUCCUCAAGGGACUUUAACACCCUUCAGAUACACAUUGUGGUAUCUAGUACUGUAGUGUAUAAUCAUAAAAUAUGCUUUCACAUUGGCCCACAUAAAAAUAAGAGAAGGAUGUCACAAUGAUGUGGGUUUUCCAGGGAACCUGUAGGCACUGCACUCUCAAGUGCUGCUGAAGUCCCUGGGGGAAGUGGGUGCUUGGCUACCUUUACCCUCCCUGCAUCUUGUGUGAUCAGGGUGACCAUAUGUGACAUACCUGGAUCAGGUGGCCUUUUCUGAUGUGGGUGCACUGGUGUUUUAGAUUAUUCUGAUGUGGGUAUGUACUGGUUUAUGUUAUUUAGCAUCUGAAAGUUGGGGGAUAAGGAAGGCAUGCAUUAACAGCUUGACACUUUAUGUACUGCUGUUCUUGGGUGGUGCUGUGCCAAUGAAGGCUUCUUUUACUCUUUCCAUCAGGUGAUUGGCAAAUGCAGUAAUGAAGGUCAGUAUUUUUUUUCCUUCCGUUCCUGAAUAUUGUGAAUCUUGAUCUCAGGAGUGUAUUUCUUAUUUCUGCUUGAACUCUAUCACCUUUCUCUUUUCUCUUCAGCUUCCUACUUCUUCCUCUCUGCAAUGUAUUUUUUAAAAAUUCUCUAGCUGAUUUCUCUUCUGUUUAUUUUCAUUAACGUUUAUAUUGGAGCCCAAAACUUUUGUCUGUUUCUCUUUGUUUUCUUGCUAUGCACAUGCUGAAAAAAUCCGUUUCUGUUAUCUUCUUUAAAUGGUCAGCAUCGAGCAUUUCACUUGAUCAGAGUAAGUGGCUUCUGAAAGGGGUUCAGUCUAGACAGUCUGUUCUUGCACAUAUCUUUGUUCUGGCUUCAGAUAUCAUUCCCUUGCUGAAGGCAACCAUCUUCACAGAAUAAUGUGGUAACUCCUUCAGCCUUCUGAACUCAAUAGAGGGAUGUCUGUCUGUCUCAUUAAUUUCAGCUGCAAAAUUUUCUGCUGUGGCUGGUUUUAUGAGGGGUGGAGAGGGGAGCAGGUGCUUUCAGAAAAUAUCUGUGACCAGACAUCCAGCCUCACAAUCCAUGUAAAAAUGAAGCAUUGCACUGUAGGUGAGGUAAUGUGUGCUUAUUUGUCAUUGUACCCUAUUCUAGUAGGAGCAGAGUGGCACAAGCAUUUUCUGGUUAGUACUUUAUUGGCUUGCUCUGUUGACUUUGACAAAACCUGUGUAUUCAGGUUUUCUCUGGUGGCUAGUAAUUAGCAUCCCCUUUCUGUGCCUCUUUAAAUAGUUACUCAGGUCAGAAGUUAGUGUAUCUGGAGCAAUUUUUUUUUAGAUAGAAGUUACCAGUUCCUCUGUCUAUCUAGGAUUAGAUGGUUGGAAGCUUUGUCUUAAAAUGAAUUUACAGCUGAGAUGUUUUUAUUCCUUCAACAUAACAAACUGUUGUUGCUUCAACUAUUUUUAUAUGGACACCACCCAUUUCUAGCUUCACCUUUCAAAUUAUUUUUCUAGGGAAAAAAGAACUAGUGAAUUUAUUUUUGCCUGAACUAGGGCGCCUAGUGACAGAAGCAAAUCUUUGCUGCGCUCUGCACCUGGAGGUAAGAUUCUUACUAGGAGGAGAAAAUUGCAUAUAUUUGUGCAAAAGUUUGUGUAAUUGGAUGAAAAUAUGUGAAAUUAUAUUAUUGAUUUAUUUCCCUUCAUUUUCUACCCCUUCUCUUGUGGGGGGUGAAAGGCCUUGAGGACCCUCAACUCUAUACUUGACAAUCUCCCACGGGAGGAGAGAAAGAAGUUCCCUCUCUCUGAGGAGAUGUGCUCACUCACGAAAGACCUUGCAAAAACUAUACUGGAGGUUGGUGAUUAUGACCUUCAGGUUGCCCUGUCAGAAGCACUUUGUAGGUUAAUGAUUAAAAAAUGGAGGGAUGACCUUGUUCACCACUGGUUUGAAGAUAAGUAUCUUGCUGAAGCUUUCAAAGAGAUCAAGGAUCGAGAAUUUGAGACGGACUGCAGAAAAUUUCUUAAUCUCCUAAACGAAAGGCUUGGAGAUAAAAGAAGGGUCUACUCAUUUCCUUGCAUAUCUGCUUUUGCUGACAUGAAUGAGGCGAAGAAGCCAUCGGAUGAGAAACUGGAGGAGUUUUGGAUUGACUUCAACGUUGGCAGCCAGAGUGUGACUUUCUAUGUGGAUUGUGAUGAGGGAGCUCUUUGGGACUCCGUGAGGCUGUCAAAAGAAAAUAUUAACACUUAUAGUGUGAAGGAGAAGGAUAGAAAAAAGAUUGUUAGAAUUUUUAUGAAGAUACCCACCGCUAUUAACAAAACAGAAGCAAUAAAAUUCAAACUGGUUUUCAGUGAUGAGCUUGAAAUAUUAGCUGUACUUAGAAAAGUCCUGGGAGAUGAAAAACUGAUGAUAUUUGAGUCUGAAGACGAGAUUGUCCAUUCUGGGAAGGAAGCCAUGCAGAAUGAAGCAGAAACCCCUGUGCCCUCUAACACACAGAAGAGCAAAGAUCCUUCAAACUCUGAAAAUGUGGAGACUCAAAAAGACAACUCAGCCUCUCAGCACAGACAGCAGCUAACAGGGACUGUAGCAGUAAGUAAAAUGGUCAAUUCUGGUGUUGCCAUGGUUACAGUGAGCCAGCAGACUGACCUGGAAGAUGCUAACCAAGGUCAGGCAUGGCUCCCUUCAGUACCUUAA